AUGAGAGCGGCAAGAUACUACGGAGCCCGCGACCUACGAAUCGAGACAGUUCCUGAUCCUCCAGCGCCCGGUCCUGAAGAGAUAACCAUAGACGUUGCUUGGGGAGGAAUUUGUGGCACCGACCUCCACGAAUGGACCAAUGGACCCAUGACCGUCAACACGCCCGAGAAACCACAUGGCAUCACGGGCGACCACGCCCCUGUAUCCUUCGGCCAUGAGUUCACUGGCAGAGUCUCUGCCCUCCCCGCUGGCUACACCGACAGCCGCUUCAAGCUCGGAAUGCCAAUCAUGGUCGACCCGCGCAUCAUCUGCCGCAAAUGCGCCGCCUGUACCAGCGGAAUGGACAACAUCUGUCCUAAGUGGGGGUACAUAGGCCUCAAUGGCGGCGGCGGCGGUGGUGCAGGGUUCAGUGAGAAGGUGAACGUGGAGAUGCGGAUGUGUCAUGUUCUGCCAGACGAUGGGAAUGUCGAUUUGGAUAGUGUUGUGCUGUGCCAGCCGCUGACUGUUGGAAGACAUGCUUUGGGUUCGAGUGGGCUGAAAGACUAUACGGGCCUGAACGUCUUGGUGCUGGGAGGCGGGCCGGUUGGUUUGGCCGUGAUGCUGAACCUACGAGCGAAGGGCGUUGGCGUGGGCUUGAGCGGGAGGGUGUUCGUCUCCGAGCCGACGAAGCAACGCAGCGAGAUGAUCCGACGGCUCGGCCUCUCGAACGACAUUCUGAACCCUAUGGAGGUCAGCGUCGCGGAGCAAUGCAGAGCGAGAACAAACGAGGUUGGUGUAGACGUCGUCUUCGACUCCGCCGGCGCCGAACCAGCCAUGCUGUCCGGUAUGGAAAGCCUGCGUCUACGAGGCACCUACGUCAACAUCGCCGGCUGGAAGCGUCCAUUCAACAUCCCGAUGCACCUGGCCAUGUUCCGCGAAAUCAUCAUCAGGUUCUCGUUGGGCAACAACGACAACGAUUAUCGGGAGGUGGUUGAAGACUUUGUCGCGGGCAAGUUCAAGGGCGCGGAGGCGUUGAUUACGAGGAGGUUGCCGGUGACUGAGCUGGCGGAGAAAGGGUUGGAGGAGUUGGUGAGGAAUAAGGAUGAGCAUGUUAAGAUCGUUGCUACGUGGAGGAAGGAGUUGCUGGACCGGGCGUUGCUAUGA